AUGGAGGACAUAGAAUGCAUGGUACUAGAUGGGGUCAGAAUUAUGAUUCAAAUAUACUUCUUCAAUAUAGGUAACAGAAGUAUUAAAUUUCAAGCCAUUAAAGAAUGUUACUGGUCAAAUCCUAAGAUGGGUUAUGUACUGUUUUGCUGUGAUGGAGCUGCAGCUGGUAAUCCUGGUAUGGCAGGAUUUGGUAUUAUAACAAGAAGUUAUAACUGUGAAGUGAUAGGGACUGUAUCUGGAAGAUUGGGAAUAACUACUAAUUACAUAGGUGAAACUCUGGCAGUUAUAUGGGCCAUUGAAUGGGCAGUUAGACUUCAUUGUAGCAAGAUUAUUAUCAGGUCUGACUCAAAAACUGUUGUAGAAGACUUUAUUAAAGGUGAAGUGCCCUGGUGUUUCAAAACAAGAUGGCAAAAAGCUUUCAAGGCAUUAGCUGAGAUCCAUUAUGAGCGCUGCUACAGGGAACUCAAUUUCUCAGCUGAUGAUUUAGCCAAAAAGGGAGCAAAAUUACAAAUGGGAGAAGUCAUACAACAUGUUGGAAGACCUGCUAAUUUGAUUCAAGUGGAAAUGCCAAAUAGGAGAUACUACAGAUUCUGUUAG